UCAAUCAGUGUCUGAUCGAGCUGGCAAAGCUAUUAUUACGUCCAGAGAGAGCGAGAGAGAGAGAACAAAGCAAAAAACCAGUAUAGCCCCCGGUGUCAGAUUCGUAGGCUACGCGCGAUUCGGGGUCAGAGAAACCUCCAUUUUCUUUCCUUCCCAUUCUAUUCUGACCACCCACGACACGACGCGUCCAAGAAAAUUCUCAGAAACCCAAAAAAACUACCUUCUCAACUCUCUCUCUCUCUCUCUCGUUUUCUUCCCUGUGAUUCUGUUUCUUUCUGUGGGAGAGAAAAGAGACGACGAUGCAGAGGCCACAGGAUCAGCGGUCAAGAUCUUCCAAGCCAACCACCAUACAUGGUUGUGCCCAGUCUGGUGAUCUCACUGGGUUGCAGAAGUUGAUUCGGGAUAACCCUUUUCUUCUCAAUGAUCGAAACCCUGUUAUGGUGCAGACACCACUUCAUGUUUCUGCGGGUUACAAUAAGGUUGAGGUAGUUAAAUUUCUGCUUGGUUGGCGAGGACCAGAAAAGGUCGAGUUGGAAGCAAAGAACAUGUAUGGAGAAACUCCAUUGCACAUGGCAGCUAAGAAUGGGUGCAAUGAGGCUGCAGAAAUGCUUCUUGCUCAUGGUGCUUUUAUUGAAGCCAAAGCGAAUAAUGGGAUGACUCCAUUGCACCUUGCUGUUUGGCACUCACUCCGAGCUGAAGACUGCUCAACUGUCAAGACAUUGCUCGAGAAUAAUGCCGACUGCUGUGCCAAAGACAAUGAAGGCUUGACUCCUUUAAAUCACCUCUCCCAAGGACCAGGAAGUGAGAAGUUGCGACAACUUCUUCAUUGGCAUCUUGAAGAGCAGAGAAGACGUAAAGCCAUUGAAGCAUGCAGUGAGACAAAAGCUAAGAUGGAUGAACUUGAAAAGGAAUUAUCAAAUAUAGUGGGUCUGCAUCAGCUUAAGUUACAACUUCAGAAAUGGGCAAAGGGUAUGCUCUUGGAUGAGAGGCGAAGGGCCCUCGGGCUAAAAGUCGGCACUCAAAGGCCUCCUCAUAUGGCCUUCCUUGGAAAUCCUGGAACAGGUAAAACCAUGGUGGCUCGAAGCCUUGGAAAAUUACUUCAUAUGGUGGGCAUUCUACCUACAGACAAGGUAACGGAAGUACAGAGAACUGAUUUGGUUGGGGAAUUUGUUGGUCACACGGGACCAAAGACUAGGAGAAUGAUCAAAGAAGCAGAGGGGGGUAUUUUAUUUGUGGAUGAAGCAUAUCGAUUAAUACCUAUGCAGAAGUCUGAUGAUAAGGACUAUGGGUUGGAGGCCUUGGAAGAGAUCAUGUCUGUCAUGGAUAGUGGAAAAAUCGUAGUUAUUUUUGCUGGCUAUAGUGAACCAAUGAAGCGUGUGAUCUCAUCUAAUGAAGGCUUCUGCAGAAGGGUGACUAAGUUUUUCCAUUUUGAUGACUUUAGUUCCGAAGACCUUGCUAAAAUCCUUCAACUUAAGAUGAAUAAUCAAACCAUGGAUAGCUUGCUCUAUGGGUUUAAGCUGCAUCCUUCAUGUAGUGUGGAUGCUGUUGCGUCACUGAUAGAAAAAGAAACUACUGAAAAGCAGCGUAAGGAGAUGAAUGGAGGUUUGGUGGACCCAAUGCUGGUUAAUGCUAGAGAAAAUUUGGACUUGAGGCUCAAUUUUGACUGUAUAGACACAGAGGAAUUACUCACAAUUACCUUGGAGGACCUAGAACUGGGCCUUAGAGGUUGCUAUCACAAUGAGACAGAGUAGGGUGAAAAAUCACAAAAAAUAAUAGAAGAGUAAGAAAACACUUGAGUUCAUUCUUUGGCAUGAUUCUUUGGAGAUUAGUCAGAAGCUUUAGCUAAGUUGCGUUGACCAUCUGACAGUCACUGCUGGAUGCUUGAUGCUUGAUGCUUGAUGCUGGAAUACACAGGUUAACAAUGGGCAGGCAUAUUUUUGAAGUUUCUGCUAUUUGGAGGGAGCUAUAAAAAGUUGUUAAUAACCCUACCUUCUUUCUCUCAAAGCUUCAUUUCUAUCAUGGUCCAAGGUUGCAGAAUAGGUCACCAACUUGGAGAUCACAUGUCACGGCCUUGUUGGCCUAUACUUUGAACUACUGGGGUACUUCAAAAGGGUCUAAAAGAGAUCAAUGGAUGUGGUAUUCCAUUUAUGUUCCUAUGGCAAGAGUGAGAGCAGUCUGCAGAUGGUAAUAUCUCAAUGUUUUUUUUCCCCGUUGAUUCCUUGUUAUAAUCGUAGCUGAGUAAGUUUUC